AGAGGAGCAGGAGUGAGGACGCUGGUGCUGGGCUUGUUUUUCACUCAUCAGCUGCUUGUUUUUUAUUUUAGAGUUGGCAACAUUGGAAACGACACAUUUCGGUGGAGGCGACGAGUUGCAGGAGAGGAGGUGACGGUGACCGGCAUUGAGGACAGCUGAGAAGGAUUCCCACUAACAGUAAUAGAAGACAUUGUGGAAAGGGACAUUGUUCUCUGAUCAAGACAACUACAGACGCCAUUUCUUCUUACACCUCUGGGGGAUUCACAGAAGCUAUUCUCAUUAUCUGGACAGAAAAACAUUAAACCACUAAUUUGUUUCUCCUCCAAUACAUGAUGAGCCUCACAGGAGAGAAACCACAUCUGUGUUCUGAGUGUGACAGAAGCUUUACAUGUAAAUCACAGCUUCUCAUACAUCAGAGGAGUCACACAGGAGAAAAACCAUAUCUGUGCUCUGAGUGUGACAAAAGCUUUACAUGUAAAUCACAGCUUCAUAUACAUCAGAGGAGUCACACAGGAGAGAAACCGUAUCAGUGCUCUGAAUGCAGCAAGUAUUUUACUUGGAAUUCAAAUUUUUUUAGACAUCAGAGGAGUCACACAGGAGAGCAACCAUUUAAAUGUUCUGAAUGUAGCAAGUGUUUUUCCCAGAAGUCAAAUCUUGUUAUGCAUCAGAGGAGUCACACCGGGGAGAAACCAUUUAAAUGUUCUGAAUGCAGCAAGUGUUUUCCCCUUAAGGUAAAGCUUGUUAGACAUCAGAGAAGUCACACAGGAGAGAAACCAUUUAAGUGUUCUGAAUGCAGCAAGUGUUUUUCCUGUAAGGGAAAUCUUGUUGUACACCAGAGGAGUCACACAGGAGAGAAACCAUUUAAAUGUUCUGAAUGCAGCAAAUGUUUUUCCCUUAAGGCAGAGCUUGUUAGACAUCAGAGGCGUCACACGGGAGAGAAACCAUUUAAAUGUUCUGAAUGCAGCAAGUGUUUUUCCCUUAAGGCAGAUCUUGUUAUACAUCAGAGAAGUCACACAGGAGAGAAACCAUUUAAGUGUUCUGAAUGCAGCAAGUGUUUUUCCUGUAAGGGAAAUCUUGUUGUACACCAGAGGAGUCACACAGGAGAGAAACCAUUUAAGUGUUCUGAAUGCAGCAAGUGUUUUUCCCGUAAGGGAGUUCUUGUUGUACACCAGAGGAGUCACACAGGAGAGAAACCAUUUAAGUGUUCUGAAUGCAGCAGGUGUUUUACUAACAAGAAAACACUUGUUGAUCACAUGUGGAGUCACUCUGAGGGCCUGAAUGCAGCAAGUGUGCAAUAAGUAAGGGAACUUGUAGCACUACAAUAUGCAAUCAAGGGAGCAAAUUUUUAUUUUCUGAUUGUGGCAAGUUUUAUAUAAGAAGAAGGAACGGUAACUGUGUCAGGCGCUAUAGAUAAAUUUAAUUUUCACCUGGAUAUAUAGUCCAGUACUAAUUAAUAAAUUAAUAAAAGGCUGCCUUCACACUAUGAACCUGGAAGUCCACCAAAAUAUGGAAAAUCAAUAAAUAUGUAUAGGGAAGGUGCACAAGAAUAUUAAAAAACAGCUGCUGACUUGAUACAAUUAGAUCACAAUUUAUUAAAAUUUUAAACACAUUUAAUCAACAUUUAAAACACAGAUUAGUAUAUAACACAUGCACAGCAGGAAAACACAGCUGUUAAUAUGGCUUUCUCAUGCAAGAAUUAUUGUUGAGAUCAGUUUUCUUUUAGCUGGGUUAGUUAUUAUGCAUCCAAAAUAAAUGCUGAGUUAGUUUUUAUGCAUGUAAAUAACUAUAUACAUUUUUUAGAUAUUGCACUUCUGUCCAGGGAUGAUACUAUAGAAACAGCUACUUUUUUUAAGCCUGUGGAAGCAAACAUUUUUUUUAAAAUAUGACAGUAGUCAUUUACAGGUAUGUCAUUUAUUUAAUAAGCUGCACAUGUGGAAAACAAUAUGUGGGGAGGACGGUUAGGAGUCUCAACACUAGGUUUUUAGAACAUAGACGAAAUGUCCUUAAGAAGAAUCUCCACCAUAGUGUGUCGAGACACGUAACCCAUCAACAUGAUGGUAACGUGGACUCACUGAAGGUGCAGGGUAUUGAAUCUGUGGCCCCCACCCCUAGGGGGGGCGACAGAUUCAAUAAAUUGUGCACAAGAGAGGCAUUUUGGAUUUUCAAUCUGGGCACUUUGGUACCCGAAGGUCUAAACGAGAAUAUGGAGAUCAAUAAUAUUAGAUGAAAUCCAAGUGCUAGUAGGAUCGUUUUUCAGCUUUCCCGUUCCUUACACCUCUCUAUCUUUACCUUUUUCCUUUUUUCAUUUUUCUUGAUAUUAUAUAUCUGUACACACGUGAUAAACAGUGAUAAUAAUGAUAUCCUCACAGAGUAUAGAUCCUCUAUAUUUGUUGAGUUGCUGAUUUUUAUUGCACUUUGAAAAGCAUAGCACAUUUAGAAGUACAGUUUGUAAUGAGGUUUAUUAAUAUUAUUGACUGCGGUCUCUCUUGAAGUGUCUUCACAAUGUAUUUAAUAUAUUUUCUGUAUCCUAGCCAGAAUUAUGCACUCGCUGUAUAGUAUGGGAGUGCGUAACUGACGAAUAUAAACAAUAACAACAAUAUUGAAAGAGAUAAAAACAUAUUUGAAAUCAAUAUUAUAUGUGGGGGGAUUGAACUCGGGACCCUGUGGGUAUUAAUACGGGGCAUUAGACCACUAGGCUAGAAUAGAUGCCGUAUAAUCAAUAUGGAUUUUUUGCAGACUUGUUGCUGUUGUUUGCAAUUAGUGAGUGCGUGCCAUCACCUCUGUUCUCCAAUUACUAGAGAUAGAAAUGUAUUCUAUUGUUUUAAAAAAAGUAAUUUUUAAGUUUACGAAUAUAUAGACAUAUAUUAAAUCCACCUUUUUGUCAUUAUAUUGUAAGAUUAUGAUAACUUAUGGGUCGUUAUGUGAUUGAAUUUUAAUUUUGCACAUGUGAGAUUAAUUCAGGUGUGACAAUUAAAUAGCAUCAUUAUGAUUGGUCCCCUGACAUUUAAAUAGCAUGCAAGACAGCCCCAUGUCAUCCUCUGAUGAAACCGCACAUUCACAUUGGCGGAGAAACGCGUAAGGACCGGGGCUUACUUCACAUUGGUGUCCUUCCUGCUACUAGCGGCUUAUGGUCAAGUAAUACUUUUCGGUGUUGUAUCCGUUUGCAUGCUGAUCGGCUUCAGAGACUCUCCGGUGCACCUCGCUAAAGGUGCUCUCCCCGCAACUGUGACUGAGACCUACAACGGGGGCCGUCCACGGAUAAUUAAAGGAUAUACUCCUGGCUGUGAGUAUAAAGUGGACAUUUUUGCAAGUAUGGCCUAUUAGCACAGUGAGAGUGGAUGGAAAAGGUCAUUUUGACACAGAUACCGGAGCAUAAGCAUUUAAAGGUCUUGGCCGUUCAGCGGCAGUAAUUAACGGAGUGGAAAGCCUGCUGUUAUCAGAUAUACAAGGAGAUCUCUAUUAACAAGUGGAAAAUACCUACAGCUGAAUUCAAACAGCAAGCAUCAAAAAUUGUUCUUAAAUUGGACGGUAUACCGUUCUGGACUUUUUAAUUGCUAAUAAGGUUAUACCAAGUGCUAUUAAUCUGGACAUAAAACUAGUGUCCAGGUAUCCGCUGCAGCAGGGGGAAUUUUUUAUUGAUUUUUUAUUGAUUGUUAUUAUUUUGUACAUCUGUUUACUUUAUUUACUAUUAUUUAUUUUUAAUACAUAUGCAAUAAAUUUGAGCUAUAAAGCUA